CUUUUCUUCUCUAGGGGCCGCUUGGCUGAAAAUUGAUUGUAAUGCAAGCGUAAUAGAAAAUGGAGAUGGAGAAUCAAGAAGACAAGAUUAAUGAAAAUAUGCAGCCAAUCUCAGAUGCUGCUUCACAGGAGACUACAUCUGCAGCCUCUGUUAUUUCCAUAGAGCCAGUGGAUUUUGUCUCAAAUAACCCACAAAUUGCACCAUCACAAAUCAUGCAUGUCAUUGUAAAUAGAGUUGAAGAAGAAGCAGGCCAGGUAGCAGCAGAAGGAGCCAACAAUAUUCUCAUAACUGAUAUCAGAGUGCAAGAUGAAGCAAGUGUUGCACCUGAAGAGGGUGACAAUGAUGUUGUUCUUCAUUCUCUGGAUAAUGCACCAAUGGAAGCUGAGGUACAUAAGGUUGAGGAUGAAAAUGAAAAGAAGACAACAGCAGUGGAAAAGCCCUUAAAAAGUAAAGCCAAAAAGCGUGCUGUUAAACAGAAGGCUACAAAACAAGAGAAUGUUGGUGAAAUCAAGGUUACAAAAAGCAAAAGAGGACGAAAUGUUAAAGCACCCUCAAAAUACAGGGACUUUGAUGAUGGUGAUGAAGAUUUUGAACCAGUUGUGAAGAAAUCUCGUGGGAGACACAAGAAACCACCACCAAACUCAGACCUGCUGGCUCAAGCUGGGGAUCCUACCUUUGUUUACACAGAAGGACCAAAUGGACAAGAAAAAAUGAAGAGUCCUACAGAGGUGAAGCAAGAAAAAAGUAAACGUCGCACUUUUGACUCGGAUGAAUAUAAGAAAAUCUUUGCUUGCCCAACAUGUGGAAAAUGUUUCAAGUCUAAGGGUAACCUGAAGACACACUUCUACGUUCACUCAGAUGUGCGACCAUUUGCUUGUGAAGAAGAAGGCUGUAAGAAGGCAUUUAAAAGCAAGGCAAUGCUCAAGUCACACAUGAACUGGCAUGGAGGAAUCAAGCCAUUCUCCUGUGAUAUUUGUGAUAAGAAGUUUGCCAAUAAAGUAACUUUGAAGGAGCAUCAAACUGUGCAUUCAGGGGCUCGUCCAUUUAGCUGUAAUAUUUGUGAUAAGACAUUCCGUCUGAAGGGUGUGUUGUUGUCUCACUUGGUCACCCACUCAUCUGAAACACCGUUCAGUUGCUCUGUUUGUAACAAGAAGUUCACGAGAAAAGUCUACUUGACUUCUCAUCAGAGAUCGCAUACAAAGGAAAAGAAGUGUUCGUGUCCAGAAUGUGGGAAGAUGUUUGGACAACUCUCAGACCUACGAAGACAUCAAAUUGUGCAUACUGGUGAAAAGCCAUAUGGCUGUGAAUUGUGUUCAGCUAGGUUCACUGACCCAGCCAGUAAGAGGAAACAUCUAAAGGGACACACAGGCCUCCGUCCCUUCGUCUGUGAAUUCUGUAGAACUGCUUUCAAGCGAGCAGACCAUCUGAGGUGCCAUGUUAAACGUAAACAUAACAUCAUCUUACACUCUAAUGCAAACACUGCCCCUGCUAUGAACAAAGCUGAUGUAACAUCAGAGGUUAAUGAAGAUGCUUUAAAGCAACAACGUAAAAUUGUAAACCAGUUGAAAAACUUGGGGAAAGAAACAGUGAUGAUUAUAAAACAAAAUAAGGAGUUUCUGUCAUCCAUUGCUAAUCAACAAGCUCAGGAAAAUAGUCAACCAAAGUCACCAGUUAUAAGCCAGAAUUUUGUGUCCGAUCAAAUUCAACAAGUGAGUGAGCCACAAAAUCCCCAAAUUAUCACAUCGGCUCAGAUGGCAGCAAAUGCUCAAAUAGGAACGUCGCAAAGCUUUUCCUCAGAUCUGCAACAAGUGAACAAUGUUGUGUAUAACACAUCAAAAUCUGCAGCAGAAAUGAUGUUUGAGACUAGUAAUGGUGUACAUGGUGUAGAGUCCACUCCUGAGGAGUAUGAAGUUGUGCUUAUGCCCCAAGAUGAUGGUUCAAUGGGGGAAAUACAGCUCCACAUCAACAGAAGUGCCACAAAUAUGAAUGAAGGAGUAACCAUACCUCAUAACAACGGUAUAGAAAGUCAUCAGGCUGUUAGUAAUCUCCUCCAGGAAGGAAUGAACUCUAUCCAAUCCUCUCAGCCUGUGGCCCACCCCCACCCUCAAAUCCCAAUCACCCAGGGACACCACACUUCUGUGAACCACACAAAUACGGAUUUACAACCAAACCAAGUGGUGGACCCCAACUGGGCAAAUGUAGGAAUUACUUCAAAUGUGACUCAAACAUUAGAAAAUAUUCAAACCACGAUGGCUCAAAGUAUUAUCCAAGAAAAUGUACAAGUAAAAAAUGUACUUGGAAAUGACCAGGUUCAGAAUAUACAAAAUAGGGUGCCAGAAAACGAUUUCAUUUCUGAACCGAACUUUAGUAGCCAAGAGUACUUUAAUUGGUUGACUAAUUUCACUGAAAUAUGCCGCCUUGUGCCAUUGCCACUCGAUGCAGACCUUUUUCAGAAAAUUAAUACUGUCCAUAAAACUUUAUUUGAUGCAAUGGCUAUGCCAACUGGAGUUUUGCAGAAUAAACAUAAUUUUAAAACUUUGAAUGAAAUUGCCAGAAAUCUGCAAGACAUAAUGAAUGAACAUUUGAACCAAAUAGCAAAGUCUUUUGCAGAGUAAUCAAUGGAAUGACUUUGUAGUGUAGUAAACCCACACUUACAUGGUGCUGGCAAUUUGUACAUGGUGUCCGAAAAAUAACUGGUGCUGGCAAUUUGCUAAUCACGCACUGAUUGUACUCAAAUUUUCCAACAAUGUAAUUUUAUGUAUUAGCACUAGGAAAACAGUUUGAAGUUGCAGUAAUAAGAUCUGUAUAUCUGAACACCUGACUAAUCCGAACAC